AUGAGUGAAGAAAAGAUUAUUGAAUGGACCAGAUUAGGUAAAUCAGGUUUAAAGAUCUCCAAGAUCAUUAUUGGUUUCAUGUCUUAUGGUUCAAAGAAAUGGGCUGAUUGGGUUGAAGAUGAUGAAGAAAAAAUCUUUGCUAUUUUGAAAAGAGCUUAUGACUUAGGAUUGAGAACUUAUGAUACUGCUGAUGUCUACAGUAAUGGAUAUUCAGAAAUUAUCUUGGGUAAAUUUCUAAAGAAAUACAACAUCAAAAGAGAUAAAGUUGUUAUCUUGACUAAAGUUUUUGGUCCUGUUGAUGAAGAUUUGGAUUUAAAACAUGGUACUCGUGGUCCAAAUGUUAAAGAUGUUGACUUGAUUAAUUCCAAAGGUUUAUCAAGAAAGCAUGUUAUCGAUGGUGCUGAAAACUCUGUUAAAAGAUUGGGUACUUAUAUUGACGUUUUACAAAUCCAUAGAUUAGAUAAAGAAACAGAACCUGAAGAAAUUGUAAAAGCUUUAAAUGAUGUUGUUGAUUCAGGUUUGACCAGAUAUAUUGGUGCUUCCUCAAUGAGAGCUACUGAGUUUGCUGAGCUUCAAUUUACAGCCAUCAAGAAUGGAUGGCAUAAAUUUAUCGUGGUUCAAGAUUAUUAUAAUUUGUUAUACCGUGAAGAAGAAAGGGAAACUAUCCCAUUUGCUAAGAAACAAGGUGUUGGUAUCAUUCCAUGGUCUCCAAAUGCUAGAGGUGUGUUAACUAGACCGUUUAGUGAAACCUCAGAUAGACAUAAAUCUGAUCCUCAAUUCAAAAAUUUAGGACUAGACACACUAACAGAUGAAGAUAAAGAAAUCAUCAAUAGAGUUGAAGAAAUUGCUAAAAAACAUAAUGUUUCAUUAGCUGUUGUAUCAACUGCUUGGGUUUUAAGCAAAGGUGCUAAUCCGAUUGUUGGUUUAAACAGUAUUGAAAGGGUUGAAGAGGCAGUUGAAGCUUCAAUCUUUAAACUCUCUGAAGAAGAGACCAAAUAUUUGGAAGAGCCAUAUAGACCAAAAAAGGUUAUUGGAUUUCCACAAUAG